ACUUGUCAUCUCCUCCUCGUGUCCAUGAAUUCAAGCCUCUCUGUCUCUUUGUGGGUUCUUCAUGGAUCCCAUCUCUGAUGCAAGUAUUCCACUUCCCUUCUACCACGGAAGCUUCAUCCUCUGCCUUCCUCUGCACCCUUUGUAGUUUUUCCUCAACUACUGGAGAUUUUACCCAUAGAUACACGGCAAAGGGAUCCUCGCUCCUCCUUUUAUCUCCCUGCAAUCACGCAAUCGUUCUUGUGGAGGCAAUGACAUAAGGAUGCCUACUUUCACAACCAUUGCACUCGAGAAUCUGCUUGCGCCCGCCGUAACUCAAUCGACUAUGCAGAGAGGCCCGAAAUCCACCUCCCCAAAUGGAUUCCCGCAAAAUGGUUUGAAGAAGAGCUCGAUUUGUGAUGAGAAGAGGCCACCCCAGCACCUCUUCUUCUCCCCUGCCCUUUACAGAACCCCCGAGCAGACCCCUGUGCCGGAUUCACCGUCCUCCUUCUCGCAGUCGCCUUACAUCCUCGAUUACAAGCGGCGGAAGCCGCGCCUGCAGACAGAAGGGAUCCUGGUUCACCGAAUCGAAGAACCGGCAGGGUAUGGCGGAGAAGUAGCUUUGGGUAAUGGCGAGCCGGACUCAAUGGAGGAGGUUCAGACUGAGGUUUUAAGGAGGUGCAGCGAUGGUGGUGGUGAUGAUUUGUGGAAAAAUGUGGAGAUUAGUGUGGAUGAAGGAGCGGAAACCGGCAGAUUUUUGGAUCCCAGGGUGCCCAAUGUCGUCGUAAUUGACAGGAGAGAGGAGAUGGAGGAGGAUGACGGCCGCACACCAUACUGUCAAAGCGAGUUUUUUGAUGCCAGUGAUGAUUUUUGGCGUGAUGGCUUAUCCUCUCAAGGUUCCCCUUUCUAUCGUUCCAGUCUGCAGGCUGACCUUGAUUUUCUUAAGAUGGAUCUGCUGUUGGAAACUGAAAGGCGGAAAAGGGCAGAAGAAGCUGUUCAGAAUAUGCAUGAGCAGUGGGAAAGGAUUUCAAAGCAGUUGUCUCAAAUUGGUCUUUCAUUACCUAUGCUUGACGAGUCCAGCAACUUAGUUCAAGAGGACGAAGGUGGUUACGCACUGUCCCAGGAAGUUGCUAUUGCACGGUUUGUGGCUGAAGCUAUUGGCAGAGGUCAGGCUCGUGCUGAAGCUGAAGCAAGAGCAGAGGCUGUUAUUAACGCAAAAAAUGUUGAAAUUGCAAGGCUUCAUGAUAAGCUGCAGUAUUAUGAAACUGUAAAUCGUGAAAUAACUCAGAGAAACUUGCAAAAUAUAGAAGCAACUCGCAGGCUUAAACGUUGGAGAAAGAGGAGAAAGAGACUUGUAUGGGGUUGUGUUGGAUUAUCGUUUGUCAUUGGCGCUUGCUUCCUGACAUAUUCAUAUCUCCCACAUGGAGCUACAAAGCCAUCGUUGGCCACCGCAAAGCAGUCUAGUGCAGGCUCAAGCAAGCCAGAGUCCAUAACAAAAUCUUAAACCGAUUGCCAGUUCUCACGAUGCUCAGAAUUCCUUGGCGAACUUCUACAGGUCGCUGGGAUGUGCAGUAACAGGUGUAGGUGAAAUCACUGCUUUAAAAUGCUUCAGUUUGUGCAGCAGUAGUCAAACUUGCCAACUUGGCAAUAAAGCUGUCUGGUGGUGGUUACUUGUAGGAAUCGGCAAGUUUACCCCAGCCACUCAGGCCCAGCUAUUCUGAGCUUCUAAGUGGUUACUGCCUUGUCUGUUAUCAUGGUGCUUACACAAUGGAAAGAUAAAAAGUGGUGUGGUCUUUUCUGAUAAGCGUUGAACAAUGGCAAGACCUGAGUUAGUCACU